AUGACUGAAGGUGCAGUAGACGACAACAUUUCUGCAACAUCCUCUUCACUGAGGAUCCUCCUGGUGGGCAAAUCAGGCAGUGGGAAAAGCGCCACAGGAAACACCAUCCUUUGCCGACAAGCAUUUAAGUCCAAACUGGGAGCUCAGUCAGUGACCAGGACAUGCCAGGGAGAAACAGGCACAUGGAAUGAGAGGAAUAUCCUGGUGGUGGACACACCCUCCAUCUUUGAGUCAAAGGCCCAAGGUAUAUACAAGGACACUGGCAACUGCUGCCAGCUGUGUGCCCCAGGGCCCCACAUGCUGCUGCUGGUGACCAAGCUGGGGCACUUCACUGCCCAGGACACCAUGGCGGUGAGGAGGGUGAAGGAGAUCUUUGGGGCAGGGGCCAUGAGGCACAUGAUCGUCCUCUUCACCCACAAGGAAGACCUGGCUGAUGAGUCCUUGGGUGAUUAUGUGGCCCACACGGACAAUCACAACCUGUGGCUCCUGGUCCAGGAGUGUGGGAGGAGGUACUGUGCUUUCAACAACCUGGCCACAGGGGAGGAACAGAGGGAGCAGCUGGUAGAACUCAUCGCCCUGGUGGAGAGGUUGGAGAGGGAGCUGGAAGGAUCCUACUGUAGCAGUGACCUCUUCCUUCAAGUAGAGGCCUUGCAUCGAGGAGGGUACAGUGACCCCCAGGAAGCCCACAGACAGUACCUGGACAAGGUGAGGCAGCAGAUGCAAAAGCACAGGCAAGAGACGGAGGAGGAGGAGGAGAGUGACUGGGCACUCAAGGCAUUUCACAGAGUCAAAACGUGGAUGGCUUCUCAUGCAGACCCUGAACUCCAGAACUUCUGCCUCGGCAUGGCUGAGCCUGGUGACAAUUCUCUGAGGCUCAUUCUGUACUGCCAGAGAGCAUCCAGAAAGCGGAAGGGGAGAGGCCUCCGGGUUGUGGACACCCCAGGGCUGUUCUAUACCGAUAAGAGUCUGGGAAACACCUACAUGGAGAUCAGCCACUGUGUCCUCUUCUCUUGGCCUGGGCCUCACGCCAUCCUCCUGGUUAUGCAGCUGGGCCGCUACACAGAGGAAGAGCAAAAGGGUUUUGGUUUAGUCAAGGCUAUCUUUGGGGAGGCAGCCGUGAAGCACAUGACUGUGUUGUUCACUCGCAGAGAACAGUUGGAGGAUCACACUCUGCAUGACCUCCUAGAAGCAGAUAAUAAACUAAAAGGCCUCAUCAAAGAGUGUGGAGGCCGCUGCAUGGCCAUUAGCAGCAGAGCAGACGAGCUGAGAUGGAAGCUCGGGUGUGGGAGCUAG